CGUCUUCCUCUCGCCCACGUCCACGUGGCCUGGUGUCUACUUUUACCAGUCGUAUGUGCGCCUCAUCGUACACGUUAUAUCCUUCGAACUGGUGAUCAGGCCUGGGCAUGUUUAUCAAAAUUUAAAUGGAGGCACAAUGCGAAAAAAAUGAGGCAGCGAUGGAUGGCGUGCGCUCGAUGAGGAAAGCUGACAAGAAACAACGUCGAUCCCAAAAGAAAAUCCUUGCCUUCGAUCCGGAUCUCUCGCCUCAGAAUGAUCCUUCUCCAGUUCUGGGAGUGUGCAAUGCUGGGCUUAUGACAGGAGACACAGAAGAAAGUCUUUUAGAAGUCCUGUCUCCCUAUGGUGUUAUCAGAAAACUUGUCAUGCUUCCUAAUUCAGCCUUUUCCAUUGUGGAAUUCCAUUCGCAAGAGCAGGCUGAGCAGGCAAUGCUGAAUCUUCAUGGAAAGAUUCCUCUUGAUGGCAAAACGCUUUACCUCACCUACCUUGCAGCCAUCCCAGAGAAGUGGAAGUUGAAAUGUAAAGAUGAGAAACUCCCUGAAGGACUUCAACUCAUAAAAGAUUUUGUCAGUGAAGAGGAAGAGGAGAUGCUCCUUAAGAGUGUGUCUUGGGACACACCUCCUCUUGAAGGCCGCGAUCUGAAGGAGCGUCAAGUGAGGCAUUAUGGCUAUCAGUUUGACUAUUCAACAAACAAUGUCAACAAGGAUUCUCCUCUCCCAGGUGGAUUUCCACCUUCAUGCCAGCCAGUGAUUGAUCAGCUUCUCUUGAGGGGAAUUUGCCCUCUCCCUCCUGACCAGCUAACAGUCAACCGGUAUAGCCCUGGUCAUGGAAUAGCGUGGCAUAUUGACACUCACAGUGCAUUUGAGAGCCCCAUCCUCUCUCUGAGUCUUCAAGGCCAGGUGAACAUUGAGUUCCGGCAUAAAGUUAAUGGUCAGAGGGUUUCCAUCACUUUACCUCCUCGCAGUCUUCUAGUCAUGGAUGGAGAAUCCAGGUAUGCUUGGGCUCAUCGUAUUGCUCCAAGGAAGACCGACGUUGUGAGAUCACCACAUGGUCUAUCACUUCUUUGGCGGACAACAAGGACAUCUUUUACAUUUCGGCGGCUCCGUGCCUCACCAUGCCACUGCUCCUUCCCACUUCUCUGUGAUUCUCAGUUGUCCAAUGAUGGAAUUGAUUCCACUGAACUCAUAAGUCCCAUCCUGGAACAACUUCAUGUAGCUGAUGUGUAUGAAGAGAUUGCUGAGCACUUCAGUUCCACUCGCUAUAAGCCAUGGCCAAGAGUGAAGGAAUUAGUGAUGGACCUAGUUCCUGGAAGCCUCUUCUUGGAUGUUGGAUGUGGGAAUGGCAAAUACUUUGGGUUGAGAAAUCCUCAUCAAUCAAUUGUGGAGAUAGGGUGUGAAUUGAGCAGAGGAUUGGCAGGGAUAGCCAGGGACCGAGGGUUUUCCGUCGUCCAAGGAAAUAUGCUGGGUCUCCCUUUCCGAGACUCUCUCUUUGAUGCCUGCAUCUCCAUUGCCACACUUCAUCAUCUUGCUUCCAGGGCUCACCGUCUGCAUGCACUUGGAGAGAUGACUCGUGUAUUGAGGCAGGGAGGGAUGCUUCUGGUUUAUGUUUGGGCUCGGGAACAGAAGAGAGACCAGAAAGAUUCAUCAUAUCUUAAGAAGGAUCGAGGCAAGUCUUCAGAAGGUGAAGUGGAAUUUCGAGAGUUUCAAGGGCCAGAUGGGAUGACUGUUGCGCUCCCACUUCACGUGAAUGGGACAGAAUUUCAGCAUUCAGAUGUCCUUGUUCCCUGGACUUCAAAGAUGGGUACAACAUACCGUUACUAUCAUGUCUUUGUUGAAGGAGAGCUGCCUGCACUGUGUGAGGAAGUGCCACAGCUCACAAUAGUACAAAGCUACUAUGAUGAGGGCAACUGGUGUGUCUUGGCCAAGAAAUCAUGACUUUGAACAGAACUGUUUGGAUGAGGGAGCCAAAGUGUCAGAUUUGCUAUUCCACAUUCCCACAUGAGGAUAAAGUAGUCAUUCUGAUCAGCUAGCAUAGAAUAUGCUAUGAAUGUCCUUUCUCCUAGUUCUUACCUUCAUCUCUCCAUGUGUGCUCACUCUGAUGCAGGGAAAUGACUGGCACUGUAGUUGUUUUGGGUUUUCCAACCCUAUCCAACCAACCCAUUUUUGCAUCUGGUCCCAAUUUGAAUUAAUUUGUAAAAAGUUUUUCUUUUCCUGCACUCAGUCUGCAGCAGAAGAAUGAAAAAUACAGCUCACAAAUCAA